AAUGCAAAAAUAAAAUUAUAGUUUAUUUUUGUUGUAAAGUAGAGAAGAAAAAAAAAUAGUGCUAAGUGUGUGUUCGUGAAUUAUUGUGCAAUUUUUCGGUUAAUUAAGGAAAUUACACAGCAAAACAGAAGAAAUACUUAAAAAUCUUUAGCGGCCUAAAUGAGCUAAACAAAUUAAUGAAUUAAUUAUAAUACAGGGCCGAAAAACAAAAAUACUUUUCUGCGUUGAAGCAUAAUUAAUUAAUAAAGUUAAAAAUUAAAGCAACAACAACAACAAUAAUAAUAAUAACAUCAACAAACAAAACGUAAACAAAGCAACCACACAUGUUUACAAACACCUGUAACAACAUUCCAUUGCAUAGAGUGUGUGAAGGAGAGAAAGAGACAACUAUAGUGUGGUGGCUAAUUAAAUAGUUAAUAAAUAAGUAGAGCUGCCACUAAAAUAAAAAUGUUUACAUUUAACUGCAAGGAAAUAUGAGAUUUACCACCCAGAGACAUUAUUGUCCUUAAAAACAACCUAAAGAAAUGUUUUUAAUACAAACAUUUAAACUCUAACAAAUAGUGUUUAGGUUUUAAUUACUAGAAUAAAGUAAACAAAAAAAAUUAAAAACAGAUUUAAUGAAAUAGCUAAAAAAAAUACCAAAACAAAGCUGUCGUCGUGUUAGAGCAGUUGAGGUAGCAAAGGCAGCCCAAGAAGGAGUAUUUUUAAACACUUUAAUUUAUUUAGUAUUUAAUACAUAAUUUUUUAAAUAAUUUGUUUUUCUAAAAAACAAAUUAAAAUUCAAACAAAAUGACCAAGAAGUACGAGUUCGAUUGGAUAAUACCGGUGCCGCCGGAAUUGACAACCGGCUGUGUAUUCGAUCGCUGGUUUGAGAAUGAAAAGGAAACGAAAGAGAAUGAUUUUGAAAAGGAUGCCUUAUUUAAAGUGGAUGAAUAUGGUUUCUUUUUGUAUUGGAAAAGUGCGGAUAGAGGUGGCGAUGUCAUUGAAUUAUGUCAAGUUAGUGAUAUAAGAGCUGGUGGUGUACCCAAGGAUCCCAAAAUUCUCGAUAAAGUAACGAAAAAAAAUGGAGCAGAUCAAAAUGCUUUGGAUAAAAAAUCUUUAACUAUAUGCUCGAAUACAGAUUAUAUAAAUAUAACAUAUCAUCAUGUCGUUUGUCCAGAUGCCGAUACGGCAAAGAUUUGGUUAGAUGGCAUUCGCAAAAUUACCCACAAUGUUAAGGCCAACAAUAUUUGUCCCAUGAUGUGUUUAAAAAAGCAUUGGAUGCGUUUAUGCUUCCAAGUGGACAAGGGUGGCAAAGUACCUGUCAAAACGGUGGCUAAAACAUUUGCCUCGGGUAAAACGGAAAAGCUGGUGUAUCAAUGUUUCAAAGAUCUGGGCUUGCCGGAUGACAAGGGUGGCACUAUGACCAAAGAGGAUUUUACUUUCGAUAAAUUCUAUACGUUAUAUCACAAAGUGUGCCCUAGAAACGAUAUUGAGGAGUUGUUUACAACGAUAACUAAAGGCAAAUCGGAAGUGAUUGAUUUGAUACAACUGGUGCAGUUUAUGAAUGAGAAACAACGUGAUCCUCGCAUGAACGAAAUUUUAUAUCCCUUGUAUGAUGAAAAGAGAUGUACGGAGAUCAUCAAUGAUUAUGAAUUGAGUGACGAGAAGAAGAAAGCAAGUCAACUUUCCAUGGAUGGCUUUAAACGUUAUUUAAUGUCUGAUGAAAAUGCUCCCGUAUUUUUGGAUCGUUUAGAAAUCUACAUGGAAAUGGAUCAACCGCUCUCGCAUUAUUAUAUAAAUAGUUCUCACAAUACCUAUUUAUCGGGUAGACAAAUUGGUGGCAAAUCAUCGGUGGAAAUGUAUAGACAAACCAUGUUGGCGGGAUGUCGCUGUGUUGAAUUAGAUUGUUGGAAUGGCAAGGGUGAAGAUGAAGAACCAAUUGUUACUCACGGUCAUGCCUACUGUACAGAAAUAUUAUUUAAGGAUUGCAUACAAGCCAUAGCCGAUUGUGCCUUUGUGGCCUCGGAAUAUCCAGUUAUCUUAUCAUUUGAAAAUCAUUGCAAUCGUGCCCAGCAAUAUAAAUUAGCCAAGUACUGUGAUGACUUCUUUGGUGAAUAUUUGCUAAAGGAACCUUUACCAGAACAUCCGCUUGAACCUGGUUUACCACUCCCACCGCCUAAUAAAUUGCUAAAGAAAAUCAUGAUUAAAAACAAACGCAUGAAACCGGAGGUGGAAAAAGUCGAACUCGAUUUAUUCUUAAAGGGUGAACUAAAGACGGACGAUGAUCCCGAAGAAGAUGCCAGUGCUGCAAAGCCACCAGAAGCUCCACCAGAGGCUCCACCACCACCUGCUGCCGAAGGAGCUCCUGGUGAGCCGGGUGCCGAAGGUGCCCCAGCCGAGGGCGGUGAGGCAGCUGUGGCCUAUAGCGGCUCCACCACCAAUGUCCAUCCGUGGCUGUCUUCAAUGGUCAAUUAUGCCCAACCCAUUAAAUUCCAGGGCUUUGACAAGGCCAUCGAAAAGAACAUUGCCCACAAUAUGUCCUCGUUUGCGGAGUCGGCGGGCAUGAAUUAUCUAAAACAAAGUUCCAUCGAUUUUGUCAAUUACAAUAAACGUCAAAUGUCGCGUAUUUAUCCUAAGGGCACACGUGCCGAUUCUUCCAACUACAUGCCUCAAGUAUUCUGGAAUGCUGGCUGCCAGAUGGUGUCUUUGAAUUUCCAAACCUCCGAUUUGCCCAUGCAAUUGAAUCAGGGCAAAUUUGAGUAUAAUGGCGGUUGCGGUUAUUUGCUGAAACCCGAUUUCAUGAGACGUUCCGACAAAGACUUUGAUCCCUUUGCAGAUGCCCCCGUGGACGGUGUGAUUGCUGCCCAGUGUUCGGUUAAAAUUAUAGCUGGUCAGUUUUUAUCGGAUAAAAAAGUGGGCACCUAUGUGGAGGUGGAUAUGUAUGGUUUGCCCUCCGAUACGGUUAAGAAAGAGUUUAGGACCCGCUUAGUGCCCAACAAUGGCUUGAAUCCUGUGUAUAAUGAAGAUCCUUUUGUAUUCCGUAAAGUUGUCUUGCCCGAUUUGGCUGUGUUGCGCUUUGGCGUGUAUGAAGAGAGUGGCAAAGUAAUUGGUCAACGUAUACUACCUUUAGAUGGUCUGCAGGCGGGCUAUCGGCAUGUCUCCCUACGUACUGAAGCCAACUUUCCCAUGUCUCUGCCCAUGUUGUUUGUCAACAUCGAAUUGAAAAUCUAUGUGCCCGAUGGCUUUGAGGACUUCAUGGCCAUGUUAUCAGAUCCUCGCGGUUUUGCCGGCGCUGCCGCCAAACAAAAUGAACAAAUGAAGGCCUUGGGUAUUGAGGAACAAAGCAGUGGCGCCGCCAAAGAUGCUGGCAAAUCGAAGGAGGAGGAGAAGAAGGAAGCUCCUUUGGUGUUUGAGCCGGUGACAUUGGAGUCGUUGCGCAGUGAGAAGGGUUUCCAAAAGCAGGCCAAGAAACAGAACAAGGAAUUGGAUACGCUGAAGAAGAAGCACACCAAGGAGCGCAUGGGUGUGCAGAAGACGCAGAAUGCAGCUAUAGAUAAACUCAUCAAGGGAAAGAGCAAAGAUGAAAUACGUAAUGAUUCUGCAAUAAAAACUGCCAUUGCAGAGCAAACCAAACAAUGGACUGAAAUGAUUGCCCGGCAUAAGAAGGAAGAAUGGGAUCUAUUGCGCCAGCAUGUACAAGACUCUCAGGAAGCCAUGAAGGCUCUAAUGUUGGUGGUGCAGGCUCAACAAAUCAAGCAAUUGGAAGAACGACAUGCCAAGGAUGUCAAAGAUCUAAAUGCCAAACAGGCUAAAACCUCUGCCGAUACCGCCAAAGAGGUGCAAAAUGAUAAAACCUUAAAAACUAAAAAUGAAAAAGAUAGACGUCUAAGAGAGAAGAGACAAAAUAAUAUCAAACGUUUUAUGGAAGAGAAAAAGCAAAUUGGCGUUAAACAGGGUCGUGCUAUGGAAAAACUAAAAGUGGCCCAUACCAAACAAGUGGAGGAAUUUAGUACUGAUGUACAAAAGCUUUUAGACAUGUACAAAGUGGAAGAAGAGGCCUAUAAACUACAAGGAAAAUCGGAAUUCUUUGCCUAGAAUUCAAUCUCAGAGGAUCCAAAUAACAAACCCUGAAAUAACAAUAAUAAUAAUUUUAACUAACUAACUGAAAAGAAUAAAACCUAAACUGGGACUCAUAAAAUAUUUUUCUAAAAUCUAAAAACCCCCUUAAAGCCAAAACAAAGAAAACAUUUUUUUUAAAAAAAAAGAACUCUUUUCAAAGAAAAACCAAUAAAACUGGCUUGAAAAAAAUGCAAUCGAAAUAUUAAAAAUUUAAGUAAUUAAUUAAAGAGAAAAAAAAGAACACAUAAAUUAAUUUGUUAAUUAAUUUAUAUUAGAAUUAAGUAA